ACGAGUUCCUCUUUGUCCAAAUGCCUUGGAGGGGGCGCGGAAUCUAUAAAAAAUCACCGCCUAAGUCAUGAAUUCACCUCCGCCCAGCGAGAAGUCGACCCAUCCUCGACAGGGACUCGGUGUACCCCCCCCCCAAGCCUCGUGAAGAUGUCACAUUCCGAUUCUUCAUCUCGGAUCAAGAUAUCAUCAUCUAUGGCUGGCCGACUAGAGGCGGUGAAAUCAUCCUUGAAGAUGCUGGAACAGUGGACUUUGAGUUUCUCGGUCUCGAUCGCCUGAAUCCGCCUGAGAAACGAUGCGAGAAUCCGAAUCAGGAGGACGAGUUCUACCAGCGAUUAUUGCUCCUUGGUGCAAAGUGGUGGGACUCCAGGGCUCGCUUUUCACUCCUCUUGCGCGCGAAGGCUCCAAGCCGGAUCCGACGGUGUACGAGAGAUUCUGGGUGAGCGUUGCGUGGCCGAGUAGCGGUGGCCUUGUAGUGUCGGAAUAUGACACGACGCUCCCUGGUUUUAGUAAGGAUACGGAUGAUUUUGUCCCAGAUGAUGUUGCAAGAUUAAGAUUAUGUAUCAGCAUGGACGAGAGAGCGGCAAUGCUACUUGAAAGGUAUCAGGGUAAAACAUUCAGAGAUGUAAGUGAAUAUCGGGGGAAUGCAUGUAUC